AUGAGUAAGACACUCAGAGGCAACCUGGACAAACAGAGCGAGUCAGCUGAGAUCUCCAGGGCUUUGGGUAUCCCGCUAAGAUUUGGAUUUGCUGCUGGCUGUUCAUCAAGGGGUGCAGCAAAGUGGGAAGGCAGGACCAUGUGGCUGUCCCCAGCUCUGUUUCUUCUCAGUUUUCCAGGCUGCCUCUCCAUCCAAGGCCCAGCAUUGGUGAGGGGUCCAGAGCAGGGGUCAGUGACUGUGCGAUGUCGCUAUAGCUCAAGAUGGCAAACCUACAAGAAGUGGUGGUGCCGGGGAGCAAGCUGGAGCACUUGCAGGGUCCUCAUCCGAUCCACUGGGUCAGAGAAAGAAACGAAGAGUGGCCGGCUGUCCAUCAGGGACAAUCAGAAAAAUAACUCAUUCCAGGUUACCAUGGAGAUGCUCAGGCAAAAUGACACGGACACUUACUGGUGUGGUAUUGAAAAGUUUGGAACUGACCGUGGGACCAGAGUUAAAGUGAACGUCUACUCAGUGGGUAAAGAUACCACGUCGACUUCUAACCAACGUCCCUGGCCCACUGUGGACAGCAGUACAGACAUAGUGUCUUCUGACUUGCAGAAAAGGACCUAUUACAUGCUCCUGGUAUUUCUGAAGGUGCCUGCCUUGCUCAUCUUGGUUGGUGCUGUCCUCUGGCUGAAGAGGUCAACUCAGAAGGUCCCUGAGGAACAGUGGAGACACACUCUCUGUAGCGAUUUGGACUCUGAACUUCUAGCUAAAGACAUUUCUCCUUAGACUGAUGAAUAAGCAGAGCCUUCCCAUUCUGGACUCUCAUUCCAGAGGAGACCACGACCAGGGAAGAAAUGUCCUUAAAUCCUCGGUGGGCAGUGACCAAGGCUGGUGCCUGGAAGGCUAGUCCAGGCAUGAGCUACACUCUGCACAGCGUGGAGCUACAACUCAGGAUCUUCCUGAGGUAUCAUCUCAGCUGCAUGACCAGCACCUCGCUCUCUCUUUGUAUCUUCAUCAGCCCUACCCCAUCUACCCACCAUGGUCAGCCCAGGGUGAGAAUCGAUGAAACACAGCCCAAGCUGCAGAAAGACAGCUGUGUGUGCCCUGCUGGAAAAGCUUGUGCAGAGCCUGGGACAGAAGCACAGAGAAGCAGAAGAGACCAGUGGGGUGGCUCGGUCACCUAUCCUACAACUCUGUCAUAGGAAACUCUGUGAAAGCAGAGCAAGCGUUCAUUCUCCAUUUUCUGGACACUGAGCCCGCCCCUAGCGUGCACUUCUGAGGAAAGGAGAGGACUAAAACCUGCCUGACAGGCCCAGGGUCUGGAUUGCAGAGAACUUGGGAAUCCAUGACUUAGCCAGCAGGAGUGUUUUGCUCCAGGGGUCAGGGGCAGAAGGCUGCACAGCCUUAAAUAGAUCUCCGGACGACACAGACUGGAGGCAUGUGGGCUUUAAGCAAAGGUUAGCCAGGAGAGGGCAGCAGAGAGCUCAGGAGGCAGAGAGAGCUAUGUCUUCCCACCUGGAUCCUCCCCGUGGCCCACACUGCAUACAGCUGCACUGCAGAGGAAGUCAGGCGAAGGGUAGCUCAUAGAGUAACUACCAACAGCACCAGCCAGGACGGUAGACACCACGAGAAUGGUCCCCUGCUCACAGGGUUAUCUUUGACUGUAGUUGGCGCGUGGGGAAGAAACUUAACAUGAACUCUGCCUUUUGCGAGAUGCUUCCAUUGCACAGCACAGCUGACGUGC